UUUGUUUUAUUGUAUCACAAUUAAUGAUUUUAUUGGAGCAUUGUUUAUAAAUAAUAGAGAUUACAUUUCCACUAAUACGAACGAGUAAAACAUUUUCUUUCAGGACUUGGAAAAUUUGAUCAGAGUAUUUUUUAUAACUUUAUCUAAAUAAUUCAAAGCACCUAUACUAUAAUGACAGCACGUCGAACCUUUGACGACAUUGGUAAAAGCCAUGGAAAAUACGACAUGGAGCGUAUUGGUUUGUUUUCGGAGAUGCCAUAUAUGAUUGGUGAUAAGUAUAAUCACCCUAAUAAAAAAGAUACUAUACGGGAUUUGAAAAAGUCUCAAAUGUAUCCAAGUACUUUAAAAACUAAAACAGGUCUUCAAGACGCUUAUUUUGAACCACAAUUUAAAAGGUUAUUUGAAAAUGAAAAAUGGAAACAACCACCAACAGGACUGUUUGAUAAGAAUGAAAAUAAGAAAAAACAAGUUCGCACGCACCCAUUUAUACCUACAGGUCCUGCCAAACACCAUUCAACAGCUGGUGAUCAUUUUGGAACAUUUGGUCCUAAGCUCCCAGCAAUGUCUAAUGUCAAAAAACCAUCUAAGAAAGAAAAGCUCCCACCAAACAUUUUAACUAAACCAACUAAUACAAGAGGACCUGGAUAUACAGAUAUUGGUUUCAGUCCGUUCCCUGAAUACAAGUCAAGUCCAUAUAAUGACGUGAAAAAACAUAAUAUAAAAGAUAAAUUAAACAAGACUUCACCAUUUUUAACUGGUGGUUCAUAUGAGUUCUUUGAAAAAAAUCCUUAUUUUAGUAAUGAUCAAAAGUCGACGUACAACCAGAUCUCAAAACCCAAAUUUAAAGGAACACCAUUUUUGCCAUCUUCAAAAAUAAAUAAUAUUGGUAAUGGUUUUGAAAAAUGGCCCAGUCAUUCAGAUGACCGCUACAUUGAUCCAUAUAGAAUUGGAUAUAAGAAUAAAAAAGACAAAAAAGAUGAUAAAUCAAUUAUUACAUUCUAUCCACAAACUAGAAACAAAUCGUUAUAUACUACAUCAACGAUUCAGCGGAAAUUAAAAAUUACAAUGAACAAUAACAACUGGCGUACAUUUGAUACCAUUACAUACCCCACAGAAACAAUUGGAAAACCAUGAGCUAUUUAUGAACAAUAAAAUAAUUAAUUUUAAUUUUAUGGUAUUUUAAGGUAACCUUUUGAUAGGUAAAUGUUCAACUGAUAAAUUGAAAAAUGUAUAAUCAAAAAAUAUUAUCCAUGCAAUAGUAAAUGAGUUGCGCGAUCUAGUGAAGUAAUAAUAAUAAGAUUGCUUUAUUUUAAAACUCCACUAGAUUUCUCUCUUUGCCAAAUUUUAUAAAUUAAAACUUUAUUGUUAUAAACGCAUAUGGAAAGUAUAAAAAUGUUUAGACAAUAUUUUUUUAUUGAGUGUUAUUUAUUAAUGUUUGAAUGAUUUUUAAAACCAAAUAAAUAAUUGUUGUGCCUAUACCUUGCUAAAAUGAGUCCAAUCAACUCGAUGUCACUGAAAAUAUUGAAUAAAUAGACUAAUAAAAUCUUACUUUUUGGCUAA